CUAUAUGAAUCAUUUCUGUGAGCGUCUUCUUAAUCACAGGCGAUUCACUAUCACUAGUCAUCAGUAUGUGACAAGUUUUAAAAGGAAUUUCCUCCUAAAUUGUUAAUUGAGGACAGAGAUAUCUUAAUAAUUCAUGUUUCUGUGCCAGUUUUACACAAGUAUAUCAAUAUGAACUUAGAGCCUAUCCAAACAGGAGAUAGUAUAUAAGUAGUGUGCACAGUAGGUAAAUCUCAUUAGAUUCAGGUACAGGUACUUAAAUCACGUGACAAGGUCCAAUCAUCAGGGAGGCGGUGUCUGCUGUACAGUGUGGUAUACUAAUGUGACCCCUGACAUUAGAAAUGCACUCACAGCACAGUGCCCAGGACGUCCUGCUCUGUGGCUUCUGUAAAACUGCCCCCGUACAGAGCCACUGUGAACUUUGCCAUAUAAACUUAUGCAAGGCCUGUGUUGGGGAGCACCUAUCCGAUUCGUCUAAAAGACACAACGUCGUUCCCUAUACACACAGAAAGUCUACUCUUUUGUACCAAAACUGUCCAGACCACGCGGACAAACACUGUGAACUUUACUGUGAUAUAUGUGACGUUCCUGUCUGUUCGAGCUGCGUCUCUGAUAAACAUGAAGGGCACAAGUUAUCAGAUGUUAUGAAAAAACUCAAUUCUAAAACUGAAGAUUUACAAAAUGAUUUGGAAGAAUUGGAGACCAGAAUUUAUCCCCGAUAUGAAAAAAUUAUCUCCGAUGUACAAACUGAGAGAGCCAAGUUGGAAACGGGUUACGGAGAACUGACAACAGCUGUUGCACAACAAGGAGAGGUUUGGCACACAGAGAUCACCGCCAUUGUCAACCAACGGAAAUCGGACAUUAAGGACAUGAAAAACAAACACCUGGAAGAUCUAACUAAACAUACUGAUGAAAUCACACGCAACAUUACAGAACUCAAAAAGAUCAUUCAGGACCUGAAGACAAUACUGGAAUCCAACGAUGUCUCCCUAACCGCAACAUACACAUCUAGGAAUGACGAGUUUAGAAAACCACCUCCCAAAAUUCAAAUUACAUUACCAAGUUUGUUUCCUCAAAAGAUAAAGAAAGAUCAUCUUAAUCAGCUGUUUGGUUCAGCUUUAUCUAUCACAACAGAAGAUGGCUACAUAAUGCAGACACCAGAAGCUGCAUCCUCCCUUCCCGUCGAAUUACCGUUUGACGAACCGCAGCUUACCGCCACUAUACACACUGGGUUUAGAUCCAGUGUUGCCUGUCGCAGUGAUGAAGAAAUCUGGACAUGUGGGUCUGACAAAUUCAUGAAGCUCCACAACCUCCAGGGCAAACUACUGGUGUCAAUCCAAACUAAGUCAAGGAAACAGCCAGGGGACAUAGCAGUGACACGGGACGGAGAUCUUGUUUAUUCAGAUCCCAAAACAAGAACUGUAAAUGUAGUGAAGGAUAAACAGAUACAGACCAUGCUCAGGCUACAGGGGUGGACACCUCACUACGUCUGCAGUACCUCAUCUAAUGAUCUCCUGGUCACCAUGAUCAAUGAUGAUAAAACACAGUCCAAAGUUGUCCGUUACUCUGACUCCACAGAGACACAGACCAUUCAGUUCGAUGAUCACGGUUGUCCUCUCUAUUCAUCUGAUGUCUAUAAAUACAUCAGCGAGAACAGGAAUCUGGAUAUCUGUGUGGCUGACUUUAUGGCUAAAGCAGUAGUGGUAGUCAAUCAGUCAGGAAAACUCCGAUUUAGAUACACAGGUCAUCCCUCUUAUACCAAGAAAUCAUUUGAACCAUUUGGUAUCACGACAGACAGCCAAAGUCAGAUACUGACAGCAGACUAUUACAACGGCUAUAUUGAUAUCCUAGAUCAGGACGGACAGUUCCUCCGUUUCAUUGAUAACUGUGAUUUGCGCGAUCCUCACGGUUUAUGUGUGGAUACCAGAGACAACCUCUUUGUUGCUGAGCGUUGGUCUGGUAAAGUGAAGAAAAUCCAAUAUCGUUAAUUACAGCUCUCAACACUGUGUUAACUACAGCUCUCACCACUGUGUUAAUUACAAAUCUAAAGUGUUAAUUACAAAUCUAAAGAUUGUAUUAAAUAAAGAUCUAACUAAUGUUUCAAUUACAAUUACAAAAUCUUGUUAAUUACAUAUUUAAACUUGUGGUAUUAAUUACAAAUCUACAAUGACAUAUUGCAUUUAUUACAAAUUUAAAGACAAUGCACGAAGCACUGUUCUGUGUUAAUUACAGAUCUUUGUUGAUUAGAGUUUUACUAUCUGUGUUACUUACAAUUCGAUGCAUACAUGUAUACUGUGUUUAUUACAGAAAUGUGUGGUUUGACUUCUGUGUCGAGACUUCAUUGUUCUUCGAUUCAGUAAAUGUGAGUUACAAAGUAUGUGGCAGUACUUAUAGUGCAUGUAGAUUAGUAUGUAGUAACAAAGUGUUGAAAUUUAUAAUCAGUGCAGUACUUACAUUGUACAUAGUGUAUUGUGUAACCAUAGUAACAAAGUGUUGACAUUUAUAGUCAGUGCAGUACUUACAUUGUACAUAGUGUAUUGUGUAACCAUAGUAACAAAGUGUUGACAUUUAUAAUCAGUGCAGUACUUACAUUGUACACAGUGUAUUGUGUAACCAUAGUAACAAAGUGUUGACAUUUAUAGUCAGUGCAGUACUUACAUUGUACAUAGUGUAUUGUGUAACCAUAGUAACAAAGUGUUGACAUUUAUAAUCAGUGCAGUACUUACAUUGUACAUAGUGUAUUGUGUAACCAUAGUAACAAAGUGUUGACAUUUAUAAUCAGUGCAGUACUUACAUUGUACAUAGUGUAUUGUGUAACCAUAGUAACAAAGUGUUGACAUUUAUAGUCAGUGCAGUACUUACAUUGUACAUAGUGUAUUGUGUAACCAUAGUAACAAAGUGUUGACAUUUAUAAUCAGUGCAGUACUUACAUUGUACACAGUGUAUUGUGUAACCAUAGUAACAAAGUGUUGACAUUUAUAGUCAGUGCAGUACUUACAUUGUACAUAGUGUAUUGUGUAACCAUAGUAACAAAGUGUUGAAAUUUAUAAUCAGUGCAGUACUUACAUUGUACAUAGUGUAUUGUGUAACCAUAGUAACAAAGUGUUGACAUUUAUAAUCAGUGCAGUACUUACAUUGUACAUAGUGUAUUGUGUAAUCAUAGUCACAAAGUGUUGAAAUUUAUAAUCAGUGCAGUACUUACAUUGUACAUAGUGUAUUGUGUAACCAUAGUAACAAAGUGUUGACAUUUAUAAUCAGUGCAGUACUUACAUUGUACAUAGUGUAUUGUGUAACCAUAGUAACAAAGUGUCGAAAUUUAUAAUCAGUGCAGUACUUACAUUGUAGAUAGUGUAUUGUGUAACCAUAGUAACAAAGUGUUGACAUUUAUAAUCAGUGCAGUACUUACAUUGUACAUAGUGUAUUGUGUAACCAUAGUAACAAAGUGUUGACAUUUAUAAUCAGUGCAGUACUUAUAUUGUACAUAGUGUAUUGUGUAACCAUAGUAACAAAGUGUUGACAUUUAUAAUCAGUGCAGUACUUACAUUGUAUAUAGUGUACCAUAUUAACAUAUUACAUUUGUAAUCAGUAGACUAUCUAUAGUGUAUGUAGUGUGUGUAUCUACAGGAACAAAGCUUGGUGUUGUUUUAAGUGUUUAAGGUGAAGAUAACGAACAGUGAUCAAUCUCACAACGAAGAGUUUGACAAAUACUGGCCCCUGGUCAUACCAGAUCAGGUGCCUAGGAGGAGUAAGCGCCCCCUGUCGAUUGGUCACAUCCACCGUGAGCUCCAUAUCCUGAUUAGGUAAACGGAGUAAUCUGAAGUAAAAAUCGGUGUGUGAAGAAUUGUCUUACAAUAGUUAUAAAACGCGUUAGACAGCAUUUAACCCAUUUACAGGUUGUAUUGAUAAAAUAGAUCGUUAAAACGACCAAGGAAUUUGCUUAUUUUGAUUAUGAACGAGACUAUGGAAACCCCCGUAACAUCAACUUAUUUAUCAGCAGCAUGCCUCUGUUCAACAACUGAUGAUGCGCAGAAUAAGUUCUGGUUACAGAAUCAGUUGAGACAUAUAAACACUAUAUGCAGGUGAUAAUGGAAUAUUGAUACAUAUAAAAGCUGACGAUUGAGAAGCUCAAAUUAUCCCAUUUGUCAUAUAAAAGUUGAGUGAUUUGCCAUUAACAUUUACGUUCAAUAAAAUAUCUAAGUAUGAAGCAAAUGUGGAAAACUCUGAUGUCUUUUAUUUCAAAUUCACUGAGGUAUAUCGAAUCGAAAUAUGUUAAUAGAUAAAACAUCGUCAAUAUAUCUAAAGGUCGAGGUGAAAGCCACAGCAAGAUAUUUUUUCUCAUGUUUCCUUUAAAUUCAGCAUUGGGUAAAUUCUAUAAUCUAAUUUGCAAAUAAAAGCUACAUGUAUGACUGGGUUGAAUACUGUCUCACUUGUUUCAUACUAAUUGUAAAACCGUUCGUGGUACACUGAUUUUGACUACGGAUUACUCCGUUUAUCUAAUCAAGAUAUAGGACUCACGGUGGGUGUGACCGGUCAACAGGGUAUGCUUACUCCUCCUUGGCAAUGAUCCUAGUUUCGUGUUUUGUCCUCUUAAUUUUGUAUUCUAUAGGAUUUGUGAGAUUGACCACCGUUCGUAAACAAUUUGUCGCUAAUAAUGAUAGAAAUGCUAAAUACAUGUACUUGCAGUAAAUAUGCACUUGUGUCUUGAUUUUCAUUUCAUUGAUAUGUCAAACACAGUCUCUUUAGUCAUAAUACAAUUAUAAUUAUUUAUAUAGACAGACAGUGACGGAGAAUAUCACACUAAUGUAAAUAUAAAACGAGGUUACAUAAAAUCAUACCAACCUGAGAUCCUAAAAAAUUGAAUUCAUCUAUUCUGAAAAGAGUUACCAAUGUGCUUUACUACAUUACAUCACUAUAGUGAUAAAACAGCCUAGAUAUUGUAUUACUUACAUUUCAUUAAUAAACCCCAUCAAGCUAUA